AUGGAGGCUGUAGCCGUGUUUUCUUUCCGAGCGACAGAACGAGACGAGCUCAGCUUCCAGAAAGGAGAGAUACUGAAGGUGACGGAGAUGGAUGAGGAUCCUAACUGGAUGAUGGCAGAACUCCACGGGAAGCGAGGCUACGUCCCCGAGAACUACAUUAGUCUGUUACCACACCCGUGGUUUGUGGGCCCUGUGUCCAGGCAGCAGGCUGAGCAGCGGUUGCGUCGGGAAGAGAGCGGAGUGUUCCUCAUUAGAGAGUCAGAGAGUUCACCAGGAGAGUUCUCCGUUUCCGUCAGCUAUGGCGACAUGGUGGAGCACUUCCUGGUUCUCGAGGGGUUGGGUCAGUACUGUGUGUGGGAGGAGACUUUCUCAUCUCUCAACCGAUUGGUCGACUUCUACAGAUCACACAGCAUCGCCCGGGAGAGACCUGUCUACCUGACCGACCCUCCACACACACCUUCACACACCCCUCUGCACACACACACACCUGCACACCCCUCCACACACACUGCCAUGCAUCUACCAGACCCUAACCCAAACCCCUACACACCUCUACGAACACACACACACACCCCUAACCCGUAUCUAGCCGAGCACCACACCCCUAACCCUAACCCUAACCCACACCACCCAGCUCCCACCCCUAACCCUAACCCUAACCCACACCACCCAGCUCCAGCCUGCUACUCUAAAAGAGGAGAACCAAGCAGGGACCUGCACUGGGGCUAUGCUACCCCUACAUAACCACACACACAUCUACAUAACCACACACACACACACACUGACACACACACACACU